AUGCACACCUUCUGAUCAUGGCACGAACAGCACAAACCGCGCCAAAAGUCAUUCGUCAAGACGGCUUCAGCAAAGGUCCCACUGACACGACACGUACAUCUGGACACAUCACUCCACGUCGCAACUUUGGCACACCAAGCGCCUACAAUGCUACACAGCACGGAAAGGGGCUAAUGGACCUACCAAUUGACAUAUUCCGACUACUUAUAAGUGAACUGCCUCCAGAUGACUACGUUGCAUUCAUGAUGACGUGCAAGUCGCUGUUUACCAUAGGCGAGUUCCGAGUGGAUCAUCAUAUGGAGAUGACUCACCGAUAUCAAUUUGCAUGUUUUCCUCCUGAACGGAAUGCGGAGUUCGUCCGCCGUGACGAAGUACCAUCCACAAAGGCGUCUGAGUUCCUGUCCAAAGUUGCCCGUGAGCCUGAGAUUUUAGAUUAUAUACGUUACCUCGACAUGAACAGUGACCAAUUGCACGUUGGGGAAGAAAUAUGGUCUCGAGAUAACGUUUAUGGUGGAUUGGAAAAGACCAGGGAGAACCUAUGGCGGAGGGAAGCCGAGACAGGAGCGCUGCGCAAGCUAUUGGAUCAGAAUUGGUAUUUGAAGCAAGCGAGUCAGAACAUUGACAAAUGGCUCGACGCCAUGAAGGAUGUUGGGGAGUUUCACGCUGAAGUGUGCCUCCUGACGUUACUUCCUAACGUGAAGGAGCUAUGUCUCCCUUCCGAAUGGACCGAUGUCCCCGAGAAGUACUUUCAGCGUAUCCGGGACGACGAAGUCGUCGAGGCGGACUGUGAUGCGGGCCGCGUGUUACGACUCAUCGCCACACAAGCAAACAAGGCACGGUCAAUUGAAGUGGCAUCUCUAGCGAAGUUGGAGCGCCUGAUCCCAUGGUGCGAAAUCGCUCAUGACGUUCGACCCUUCAUGAGCUCCGUGACCCCUUUCAUCGCGAUCAAUAGCAUGAAGCAAUGGACUGCACGAGGACUCAUUGCGCUCGAUGACGGCUACACUGGCUUCCCGUUCCAGCCACAAUUCGACCAGUUCAGCGUUAACCUUUCGGAAGUUACACUACAAGGCUGUAUACUUGGAGGCGACGAAGCAUUCAAUCUCACAUCACGCCUUCCAGCCCUACGGUCGUUCGAAUACUCGCAUGAUGUCAAAUGGCACGGCUGUGGAUAUGCAUGGGCACCAGGAGAGGUAAUGGAAGGCCUGAUCAACGGUUGUGGUGACCGGCUGGAGGUGCUAAACUUGCACACUCCUGGAACAGACGAACCUGGAAUUAUUGAGGCUUCCAUACGUGACAUGAAAGGCAUGACCAAACUAAAGCGUUUGAGCUUGGAUGUACGGAUGUUUCACGAGUCAGACAACAACAGUCCGGUGGAUUCUGAGGAGGAAGAUGAAAUGCUGCCCUUUCUCGAAUCUCUACCGAGGACACUCGAGAAUCUGUUACUGAGAGCGAGGAAGAGCGACAUUGAGAUGUUUGACUGGAUACUGGCGGACUGGGAUGAGAAGGACAAGGUGCUACUUGCAUUGAAAACAUUCAACGUUGAGUUGAGUGAGAGUGAAAGCAAGGUGAAGCCACCGAAAGGCUUGAGAAAACUACGCCAUAAGCUGGACGAUUGUGGUAUCAUUGUUACGGACGUCUAG